UUGUCUCAUGUGAUCAUGGAUGGUGGUGAUGAUCAUUUCCACCACCGCCCCAACUUCCCUUUCCAAUUACUUGAAAAGAAAGACGACGAAGCUUGCUCCUCCUCCGCCAACGUCUCCGCCACCUCCGGCUACCCUACACCUCCCACCGACACUAAUAACAACCCUCCGCUCCUAUCCAACAACACUUCUAACCUUCAAAUAACAACCACUCUCGAACCAUCCAAGAAAUUAGCCCCUAAGAGAACUUCCACCAAGGACCGCCACACAAAGGUGGACGGCCGUGGUCGCCGUAUCCGUAUGCCAGCCCUUUGUGCCGCCAGGGUCUUUCAGCUCACUCGCGAGCUUGGUCAUAAGACGGAUGGUGAAACCAUCGAGUGGCUCCUUCAACAAGCUGAACCUGCUGUCAUCGCAGCCACCGGCACCGGUACAAUCCCGGCUAACUUUACUUCACUCAAUAUCUCACUCCGGAGCUCGGGUUCCAGCAUGUCCGUUCCUUCCCAGCUCCGAUCUGGUUAUUUCAACCCCAACUUCACUUUCCCACAAAAUCGGAAUCUCUUCCCCGGAAUUGGGUUAUCGUCAACGGAAAAUAGUUCAUCUAACCUUCUGAAUUUCGGGUCUGCUACGAAUCUUCAUCAGAUGUUACAAGCGAAGCAAGAAACGAGGGACAAUUCAGUUGAGUUAUCGGAGACCGAAGAGAGCAUCGGAAGAAAACGUCGGCAUCCGACGGAGCCGGAGUUACCAUCACAACACCAACAACAGAUGGGGAAUUAUCUACUUCAAUCAAGCUCAGCUUCCAUGGCGGCAAAUCAUGCAUCAAUACCAGCUAAUUUUUGGAUGGUUGCCAAUUCCAAUCAACACCAAAGCAUGAGUGGUGACCCUAUUUGGACUUUCCCGACCGUGAAUAACACCGCCUUGUAUAGAGGCGCCGUUUCCACUGGUUUACAUUUUAUGAAUUUUCCGACACCCGUUGCCCUUAUGCCGAGUCAGCAAUUGGCCUCCGGGGUUGGCGGUAACAGCGGGAAUGGUGGUGGUGGUGGUUUUAGUGAAGGUCAAUUGAGCAUGCUUACCGGACUAAAUCCUUACCGGCCAAUAUUCGGUCCAGGGGCAUCAGAACAGCAGGCAAGUGGAUCUCAGUCUCAUCACGGCGGCGGAGAUGAUCCACAUGACACAACCAGCCACCACUCAUAAUUAACUGAAUUCCGUCGCCGGCGAUUGUGUUGUUAGAUUUGAUGUGUAAAACACACAUAAGGUUUGAUUUGCUCCAAAAUUUUGGAAAAUUUCAAGAUUUUUUCCCCCAUAAUUAUGCUGAUUUUUUUUAAAUUUCAUUUGUGUGAUUAUUUAUGAGGAUUUAUUUUCAAAGGGUUUGGGGAGAGAGUUAUUAAUUAA